AUGGCUUCAAAGGAAAACGGAACUGGGACGAGUUUCACCCACGAGGAGUUACAAUCAAAAUCCAUGGUAAUAGGUGGCCAUGUUGAAGCAAAAGAAACAAAAGAUCCCUACGCAGCCGGUUUGGGUGUCGAAAUCGAUACAGCCACAGAUAGACGACUAUUUUGGAAAAUCUCCGGUCGCAUCUUAGUUAUACAGGUGAUUACCUACUUCCUCCAAUCUUUGGAUAAGGGUAUCCUCAACUAUGCCUCGAUUAUGGGCAUCAAGACCGACGCCCACCUUGUGGGCCAGGAUUACUCGUGGCUUGGAACGAUCCUCUACAUUGGUAUUCUUGUCGGCGAAUAUCCACAGAACUUCCUCCUCCAGAAGCUUCCUUUGGCUAAGACUCUAGCCUGCAAUGUCUUUAUCUGGGGUGCCGUUGUAGCUUGUUCUGCCGCAUCAACACGAUUUGGUUCACUCAUGGCAGUUCGAUUCCUGCUGGGUUUCUUCGAAAGUUGUAUUCAACCUGCCAUGAUGCUUUUGACGGCCAUGUGGUAUAAAAGAGAAGAGCAAUCCUUAUUGAACUCGAUUUGGUAUUGUAUGACCGGAGUUCAAUUGAUGAUCGGUGGACUUAUAGCCUUUGGAAUUUCCCAUUUCACCGACGGGCCGAUCAAGAACUGGCAAUUAAUGUUCUUGGUCCUUGGGCUGGCAACUUGUGUCUGGUCGUUUUUCAUCGGGGCUCUUCUUCCCGAUAGUCCUAUAUCUGCGAAGUGCUUUAGCGAGGAAGACAAGCUACUGAUGAUCGAGCGAGUACGACACAAUGAGACCGGCAUCGAAAACAAGGAAUACAAAAAGGAUCAAAUAAUCGAAGCUCUGAAAGACCCCUUUGUUUGGUGUUGCUUCAUGCUGAUCGCGGUCGCUAAUCUGAUCAUUGGUGGGCUCGGGGUUUUCUCCAACCUCAUUGUCAAAGAAUUUGGCUUCUCAACUCUUCAAACAACCCUUCUCAACAUUGCUCAGGGCUCAUGGACUAUCAUUGUCAUGAUCGGGUCUGCAUGGGCAUCACAAAGAUUCCAGCAAACAUGCUUUACAAUGAUCCUUUGGGCAAUACCAGCCAUCGUCGGGACGAUCGUGAUUCUGGUUGUUACCCCUACCCCCUCAAACGCAGGUGGGAUGCUUAUCGCCUUUUACUGCACACAAUUCUUCCUUGCAGAAGGCAACAUGAUAAUCUCUCUCGUCACUCGUAAUAUUGGUGGCCAAACUAAGAAGGGUAUUACAAUGACCAUCAUCUUUAUCGGGUGGGCUGUGGGCAACCUGAUCGCACCACAGAUCUUCCAAAACUUCGAUGCACCUCGGUACCUCCAUGGUUUUCUGGCUCAUAUUGUCAUUUAUGCUGUCUUUAUUGGGAUCGUGAUCAUAACUCGUGUGCUUCUCAUGGCAAAAAACCGCACUAAGGAGCAGGGAUCGAGUGAAAUUUCUCAUGAGCUGGCGUUUGAGGAUCUCACUGAUCAACAAAAUCCUAAUUUCCGUUAUGUUUACUAG